AUGUCGACUACAAAGCCCUCAUUCGUCGAACAGGAAGCCAGCGUAACCCCGACGCAAACGAAGAAGAGCUUCGGCGCGCGGCUCGUCGCCCAUUUCAAGAAAUGGUGGUGGGUGCACCUGAUUAUAUUCAUCGCCUGUUUCCUAAUCAUCCUACUACCGGUCGUCUACGUCGCCUACCCCAAGAUCGCACAAGACGCCGUCAACGACUCGACCCUCGCCAUCACAGAGAUGAUCCUCAGCGACCCAACGCCCAACUCCUUCUACCUCGAGCAGAGACAAGUCCUCGGCUCGAAAAGCUCUUACCACCCCCAGAUCUACGCUUUCAAUUCGUCGGUCUCGCUGGCCGGUGCGGCGGCUCCGUUCGCGUAUGUUACUGUCCCCGCUGUGCAGUCGAAGGACGGGGCGGAAAUCCACUUCGAGCAGAGGGUUGAUCUGACGGAUGCCGAUGCGUUCGCGGAUUAUACUACUGCGGUUAUGUUGAAUGAGGAGGUUUCGUUGAAUAUCUAUGGAAGGCCCGGGUUGAAGCAGGGUGGUUUGCCUAAGACGACGGUUGAUUAUAACAAGACUGUUGUUAUGAAGGGCUUGAAUAAACUCAAGGGCUUCAAUGUGGCCGAGUUCUUCAUCAUGUUCCCACCAGUGAACGGAUACGGGAUGAACGGCACCGUCAUUAUCCCCAAUGCCUCGGUCAUGACCAUUCCAAUGGGCAACGUAACCCUAGACCUCCAGCUAGACGGAAAAUCAGUAGGAACAACCUACCUAAACAACCUCGUCCUCAAACCAGGCAACAACAGCGUGCCAAUGCUCGGCAAGGUCGACCAAACCGCCAUCAUCACCCUGCUCACAUCAAAGUCGAAUCCCUACAAAGACGGCAUCCUGCCCUUCGAUAUCACUGGAAAUGAGACAUCGUAUAACGGCAAGGACCUGCCGUACUUCACCAAGGCGCUGGCUGCGAAUACUCUGUCGAUUAAGUUGGAUGUUCUGAGUGCGCUGAAGGCGGCGGGCAUCAAUCUUACGCUGUAG